UCAGUGUCUGAUGAGGAAUUUCCCCACGAAUCAUUAUCACUCAAUUCUGCAAGUGGUUCUGAUUUACUAUCGCUGUUCUCUAGCUGGUCUAAAACUGGUUUUGACCUAAAGGGACGCUUUUUGGACGCCAUGGACGUUUCUCAGUUUCCAGGCAGAAAGAACAGUCAAAAUGCAGGCAGGGCACAGGACAAAGCACUAAGGACAAAAUGUAUGUGAAAUGGUUUGAUACAGUAAUGUUUUACUAUGUGAUUUUAGUGAUUUUAUAAAUGUCACUUUUUGUCAUUUUCAAAUUUCUCGCCGUUCCGUCCCCCAUACAUCCCGACGCUCGCAGGGGACGGAUCCCAGGUGACAGAUGCCGGCAUCCGCCAGAUUACAUUGCCGGGGACACUGCAGGAGGGACA